AUGACCUCAUACCUGACCUCAUUAUUGCGUGAUCGCUACUGGUCGUAUCUCCACUGCGCGGUAUUGUCUGCGACAGGGAAUUGGGGUUAUGCGCUCACACAAGCAUUGGACAACUACAAUGACGAAAUUCAGCCCAUCCCCGGUCUCAAGGAACUACGCGGAGGUGAAGGUGUCAUUGGUCCAGAUGGCGGAUAUUAUAUGGGUGGUGUAAAUCAAGGUGAUGGUUUAGACCAAGGCUUACGGUCUAAAUUGAACCAGAUGAUUGACGACGUAGAGCCCAAUGUCAAUGGUGAUUUGCAAAAUGAACCUUCCACAUCGGAUGAUUUAUUCGCAUGGUUUUCUGAUGAAGAGGAGUCUUUAGCGGCAGCAGAGGGUGAUUGGUAGCAAUAAUUGUACUGUAUCUCUAUCUAUUCAUUGACGAGCAGUGAUGCACCCUGGCCCCGCGAUCAAUUGAU